AAUCCCGUGACAGAAAACGGGGGACUUGAUUCUCAUCCUGCUCUGUUGAUAGAUCAAGUCUCACUCUCCCGUUGCCCGACCUGGGGCUAGGUAUACAUGGAUCUGCUGUCUCAUCCUGAGCCAAGACGGCCGAUCCCUUCGCUGCAACACUGGGGAACAAUUUCGCCCGAUGCCCCUGGGCUGAGGCAACGGCGGAGAAACAAACUCAUCUAUUUAGGUUCGCCAGGUGGGCCCGGGAGCGGUUCGUGUGGGAUCAUACAGUGUCUGAUGGUAUACUCAAUCUAUCUUUCGCAUCCGACACUCGUCGAUCCUUGGUUCCUUCGGCGCUUCUUCGGAGGAAAUCGCCGUGCUGAUCGUCGCUAACGGCUCCCUGUUGGACUCAUGUUGUUUGUAUGGUUGACGAAGACAGGGUGGUUCUUGGCUCUAUUUACAAUUCCAGUGAAGGUCGGCAAUAGCCAUGAGCUAUAUGUCGACAUGA